AUGGCAGCCGUUUACAAAGCAGUGAACAAGAAGAAGGCCCGGCAAUCAGUCGAGGAAGAAGUUGACAGUGAUAUGGACGUUGGAAUGGACGAACUCCUCAAUGAUGCGGACGAUACCACCGACAGCGAAGAGGAACAGGAAGAAGAGGACCGUAUCACCGCAGCCAAGAAACAAUUAGCCCAAGGUUUUAUGCCCAAGACAAGAGUCCUUAUUCUGACAUCUCGUGGCGUGACACAUCGUCACCGACACUUGAUGGCUGAUCUUUGCAACCUCCUCCCCCACACCCACAAAGAAACUAAGCUCGAUACCAAGAAGAAGACUGCCGGGUACAACCUUCUACUUAACUCUCUCGCCGACCUCCACUCAUGCAACAUGAUCUUCUUCCUUGAGGCCCGCAAGAACGGUCAAGAUCUCUACCUCUGGCUUGCGCGCCCGCCUAACGGUCCUACAAUCAAGUUCCACCUUAACAACUUGCACACCAUGGGUGAGCUCGGUGCUGGAUUUGCAGGCAACUGUCUGAAGGGUGGCCGAGGACUUGUCGUCUUCGACCGAUCAUUCGACGAGCAAGGCCCCGACAUGGGUGUUGCUGGAACUGAAUACCGGGCGCUCGUCCGAGAAAUGUUGCGCGGGGUUUUCUGUGUUCCUAAGCGUGGUGUUAAGGGUAUGAAGCCUUUUGUUGAUCGCAUCAUCGGUAUUUUCGGUGUGGACGGCAAGAUUUGGAUCCGGGUGUACGAGAUCCGCGAGUCUGAGGGUGGAGACAAGAAGAAGGGUGAAGAGACUGUCAAGCCUGUUCCCAAGGGCAAGGACGACGGUCUAACACCCGAUGUGUCGCUGGUUGAGAUUGGUCCACGAUUUGUUUUGACCCCCAUUGUUAUCUUGGAAGGUAGCUUUGGCGGCCCUGUCAUCUACGAGAACAAGGAAUACGUCAGCCCCAACCAGGUCCGUCGCGAGAUUCGUAUGGGCAAGGCUGGUCGUUAUGCUUCCCGCCGAGACGUGCAGACCGAUCGUGAGGCCAAGCGCACGAACCUGGGUCUUACCGACAACUCUUCGAAGAAGACAGAUGCUUUGGGUACGAGGGAAUUAUUCGCAUAA